CUAUUGGCUGACACCCCCCGCCCCCAACCAAAAAAAUAGACUUUCAGAAUUUUCACGACGACAACUCAGCAAAUCCACUCCCCUUUACAAAUAUAUUCUUUAAUGAAGUCUCCAGUGUUCCUUUUCAGAUGCACGGCGCCAACCAUGAACUAACAACCAACUGUGAAUAUAAACGGUCUCGGCGCUUAGAACACUAGUAGCGGGAGGGCGUGGCUUAUGCUGUUCUGAGUGUAACAGUGUUGCCGGAGUGGCGAGUGCGUCCGAAGUUCGGUACUGCUGGCGGUGUUGAAGAAAAUUUAAUUUGGUGCUCACCGAGAGAAGAGCUUAGCUGCCCGCCCGGCACGUCAUCAUCGCCAGUGAGUGCGAAGAGGAAGUGCCUUCAGCGAGCUGCUUUCCUUUUCUAACUCUUAAUCUCCUCGGACUGGCGCGGUGGAACUCAGGGUCCGGGCAGCCACCGGAGAUUAGGUGGACGAUGGGAUUCGGUUGGGUAAAGUCCUGGCACCGUCAUGUGUGUGAAGCGUGAGCACUAUGGCCUCCUGGGAUUUGUCUAGGAAGAAGGAAAGCAUGGAGGCUGCAGGGCGCUACUCUUCUGCCGCCGUGGAGUCCGACAUUUACCGCAGCCUCCAGGCGGUGCUCCGCGAGCUGGACUGCCAGCACCCCGCCUCCGUGUCCAACAAAGGGAUGCUGAGGUGGACUCUGCACAAGAAGGUCCAGAAUAACCCUUCAAACUGCGCCUCUUUGGUGAAGGUAGCGGUGAAGGAGCUGGAGAGAGCAGAGAGGGUGGACUGUAAAAUCCUCAUAAUUCCCCUGUUGCAUACACUCAUGUAUGCUAUCAUACAGGCGGCCUACAUCCCAGACGACCUGUACAAGAGGGUGUACGACUUCUGCAAGCGGCUGCUCACCCUGCCCCAGCCGUACUGCACCGUGGGCCUCAGCUACGCCCGGAGCGUGAAGAAGGAACGCGCCGCGCCAGGUGCUUUGUACCAGAGGAUGCUCCUGGCCGAGCAGAGACUGAAGAGCGAAUACUGUCCCCUCCAAGAGAAGCUGUUUGUGUUCGCGGACCCCGCCGUACUCUCCGGCCCGCUGGGGGCCGCCGUCAGAGAGGACGUGGAGCUGGGGGGCUCGUACCGCGGCCCCCUGGCGCACAUGCGCAGCGCGGUGCAGCACACCCUGCAGGCCGCCCUGGGGGAGGACUGCCACGGACCCGCGCUCACCCAGGCACUGCAGGACGUGGGCCAAGACGUCGAGCCGUACUUCCAGGAAGUGGUGGCGACGGUGGAGCAGUUUGCCGAGGAAGCAGGGGCGGAGUCCGGCCGCUACACGUCCAGGCUGCGGCAGCUCUACGGCGAGAUCCUCGCCGCUGCCGGUCAAGAUCCUCCGUCGUCCCGUGGAUCUGUGAGUGACACCCCGCUUCCCAAUCCGGAGAUCAGCUUCCACCUCUGGAGGGACGAGGAGGAGCUCUGGCGGGAGCUGGCCAAGUUCGUGCGCCCCUGCUCCAGCGAGCGCUGCUCGCUCUUCCAGGACGACUUCGAGAUGGCCGACUUCCCCGCGGACAUCUGCCUGGAGAUGCCCCGCUACUCCGUCAUGUCCACGGACAGCGGGAUCGAGAGGGACCUGCCGCCGGGCGAGCUGGCCGGCGGCGGCGGCGGCGGCUCGCUGGAGCCCCCUGCUGGCGGGGCCGAGCAGGAGCAGGCGCGGCUGGGCCGCCGGGGCGGCUUCAAGAUGAGGCCCUCGGCGUCGGACGGCGCGGCGCUCAUGCAGGACUCGCCGGAGGACCCGGGCGGGACGCUGCAGAGGAAGGCGGGGAGCAGCGACAACGCCCCGUUCCCGAAACCGCAGCGGCAGUUCACCGCGCGCAUCGUGGUCAUGGGCGACGACCGGGUUCUGGGGAGGCUGGCCAAGGCCUACUACUCCCUCAGGAAGCGGGAGGCCAGGCGCCUGUUCCUGACGACGAAAGUGAACCUGCAGAUGUACUACGUCCCUGUGUCUGACGCUCCCGCCGCGACCUCUCCCGUCAAGGAACACCUUUCACCAGCGAAGACCAAUCCGUGCGCCCUGGCCGCAUACCUAGGAAGGGUCGAUCCCUGGUACGAGUGCAACAUCAACAGCCUCGGGUGCAUGAUUCCCAAGCUGGCCAAAAUGCAGCAGUCCUGCUCCAGCAGCAGGACGUCGGAGUCCAGCUCCUUCCUGACGGACGUCAUCUCGUACUACACGCGCACCGGGGUGCAGCCGGUCUACUUCACCAUCUACUCUGUCAAGAUGUCCUUUUCCCGCUUGACCAAGGAGCCCGUGGAGGACGUGUUUGUGUCCCACCUGGAGGUGGACUUCCCCGAGUUUAAGCUACUCCCUACUGCGGUGAAAGAUGCUUCCGUUCGACACAGGAAGAACGUUGAAGAAAUAUGUGGAGCGGUUGUUUAUAUGAACUACAAAAAGGUCUCUUUAAGCAACAGAGGAGCGGAUAAGGCAAUUUCACUAAGGACAACUGGAGUACACAUCAAUGCUGUUCCCUCUAAUGAAACAGAAGAUUUUGAUUGUCUUACUGUAACAGUCAAUGGCCCAAAAUUCAAACUUGACAUGGCACCCAAGAUCCGAACCUGCCACAUUAAACUCAGGACCCUGGAAAACCGGACCUUCACUGUGUGUCUGGACAAAGACUCCCGCAGGACGUUUAAAGAUGUUCAGAGUAUUGAAGUGUCCCCGUGCCUGGACCCUGGGUACUGCGUUCAGAAGACGGCGAAGUCCAAGUUCAGUCUCCAGGAGGACACGGGGCUGAGCAAGUACAUCAGCAAGGGCCUACCUCUGCCAAUCAACACGUUCGCCGGCAUCAUACACUGACUGGAAGGGGCGGGGCGGAGGAUGACUCAUCUGGGGAAACUGACACGCGGCUUUGCGGUUGCCAUAGAUACGCGAAGCGCCCACCUCCCUCAGCUACUGGCGACGCGCUCACUCUGCGGAGUCCAGGGGGCUCAAGCCUGCUGCACUGACUGUAUCAGCUGUGGCUGCCAGCGGACUUUGCCUGUGGGGAAAAACGGUGGCCUACGGGGAGAGAGAGCAAGCUGGCAGCUGUAAGCGUUUGGUACCUGAUCCAUUCCUGACGUCAAGAAUCAACUGGCUGCACAAAGUGUCGUGAUAUUUAAAUGUUAUGCCGAACGGAUACACCGGUGCCCCGUUGACCUGUACUGUUGAAAGCCGUUUUUUUGAAGCUGUCUCGUUGGGCCAGAGCUGGUCUUUAUGUGGUGAAGCUGCUGAACGCACACACUUGUCGUCGUCCCACCUGCCCCCCCCCCCCCCGCCCCCAGAGAGAAUGGGUCGACAGCAGUGCUAUUGCCUUAACCCAUCAUCUCUGUAAUGGAAAGUAUAGAGGCAGGGGUUUCCAUUAAGAAAGCGUCUGGUCUGGCUUCACUUGGGAGAAAGCCCAUAGCCUUCAGGGUUCAGGAGGGGACAAGACACUGAAGCCACCAUUUUCCUUAGUUAUUUACAGCUUCACAACUAGAAACUGUACCCAUUUUAAAGUCAAGAUUCAUUGGUUUGGGGGAGGUCUCAUUUGGACUGCAAAAUCUGGUGUAUACGUAGUUCUAUGAGCACUUAAUGUGAAGAACUAAUAGGUUUGAAGAACUAGAGUGAUUUGCCAUCAUAAACAAUGCAAUCCCUCCUCCUUCAGCUAAUGACAAUCUGUCCCCUACCACCGGGUUUUCAUUAGUGCUGAGAAAUGCAACACCCUAUUGAAAGAAAAGAUGGCCAUCUCAUCACUUACAGUAUUUAGAAUCACGUAAAAAAAAAAAAAUAUAUCGAAAAUGUGAUUUCACUACUACAAGUUAUGCCAUUAUGGGUUGGGGAAAAAAAGGAACAAAUCCAAAGGCAUUUCUCUCGGUUUUGUCAAUUCAUGGUACGGCAGGACUUACUUGCUGUUCACAAACCCGACAAGGUGGUAACGGCAAUGCUGACAGCGACUCCGCCGCCGCGAAUCGAUGUCCGCCAGGACGCACGUCUCCGAUUCGCCGAGACGGGGCUGAGCGUGUCUCUCCUGAGGCUGAUCGGGGCUGGCGUGAGUCACUUCCUCCUGCAGGGCCCACGGGAGUCGGUGCUGAGCUGCGGGUUUAUCCACAGACAGACGUGUUUCUGUUAGUCUGACACGCAGACGCGAGUGUGGUUUAUGUUUUUUGUGUGGGGUGAGCUUUUUCCUCAGACAAAUCAACGGUUUGCCCAAAAAGCAAAUGGAGGGGGUGGCCAGGGGUGGAAAGGGGGGGGGGGGAGCCGUCUCAGAAACAGUAGUUUCUCUGCACUGGACACAGCCCGUGCUGUAUUCACUGGUGUCUUUGGCCUCUGACUUUAUACGCUAAUUAGAGGUUCAGUCCUCGGAGCAAUGUACUGUCGAGAAGAGUGGUGAAACGACCGCCAUUUUGGGGUCACGUAGUUUAAUUUGGCCUUCAGCAGCAGAACCUCGAGAAAGCGUUAUGAAUAACGGGAUUGUCUACCGGCGUAGAGUUCAGUUUGGGCAUUUUUUUGCCAGUUAUGCUAGACAGUCACAGGAAGGCAAAAAUGCUGCUUGGAAUAGGGUCUGCUGUGAUUCAUGUAGUGCCUUGGACCUUCGCGCAAGGAUGCUGAAAGGCUUUUAGAGACAAACACCAAAACUCAGUGACCUCUGACCUCUGACGCAAAUCAUUCCGAUUCAAAGGAUGUUCUCCUGUAAACCUCUGACUUCUCCCCAUUUUCUCAAAACUGUGGGUUUUUUUUAUUAAUGUUUUUACAUGAGUAACCGACAAUUUCUGUACUUAAUAUGAAAUCAGAUUCACAAUGAUUAAGCUUAAACACGUGUACACAUGAAGCAUGGCCUAGAUUCAGUUGACAUUUGUGCUUAACUCUGAGUCUGUUUUGAAGUUUGAACUGUAGUUUUGAUUUACACUUUUAAAAAAUCUUCCCUUCCCCCUUUUCAAACAGUUCGGAACAAUCAGCAGAAUGAACUUGGUUUAAGCUGUUAACUGUUUGUCAAUAGUAUAAUUAUACUGGCCCUUAUCUGGGACCCUAAGUUUAAGCCACAUGUUGACUGAGUCCAGCCCUGACCGUUGGGGGAUGGGAAAUGGAUUUGAAUUCAUUCGCAUUCAGCAUUUGCACACUAUUCUAUGAAUGUCGUUUGACUUUGUGAUAUGUAUGAGUGAUGUACUGUAUUUAAUGCAAAUGUAAAUUAUUAAUUUUGAUUUUGUUAUCUGUAUAAUUGUCUUAACUAUUGUACAUAUUGUGUAUAUAUAUAUAUAUAUAUAUAUGUAUAUAAAUAGAGAAAUGUAUCACAUGA